GACGUGAGUUGGUCGUUAUGUGGUCAGAGCUCUGAAUUCGUGUUAAUGUUAUUAGCAUUAGCUAGACGUAUCAUAUAAAUUAAUCAAAUUGAAUAGUUUCAUUGUUUGAAAUUAUUUUUGAAAGAACAUAUUUUGAAUCAACGGUUAUAGUGGUGAAGUUACAUGUACUUGCGAAGUAUGGAAUUGACGAAAGUGAGAAGGACCCACGUCCUAGUGGGUGCUCUAGCUACUCUGGUAUGGAUAAAUGUUGCCAAAGACUACAGAGACUAUCCUGUAAAAACAAACGUUGAUCACGAUCCUUGUUGUGAGUUUCCGUGCGAAAAUCAAGGCGUUUGCAUUAGCCUUAAGGAUAAGAGUUACAUUUGUGACUGUACAAACACCGAACAUUACGGCACAAACUGCAGCACUCCGACUUGGAUUGGCUGGGUGAGGAAAGGUUUGCAGCCUGACCCUGCGACGCUGCACGCGUGGCUCACCCAAGACCUGUGGGUGUGGAGGGUGGUUAAUGCUGUGCCCUUCUUAAGCGACUACGCCAUGAAGUACAUCUACCUUAGUCGAAGCGACCUCAUCGACUCGCCAGUUCGUUUCGAAAGCGAUCACUCGUACACGACACUCGAUGCUUACUUCAACGAGACGUACUACGCCAGGACUCUACCGCCAACACCACGACACUGUCCCACACCUAUGGGGGUGGUCGGACCAAAAGAGUAUCCCGACGUAGACGAGGUCAUACAAAAAGUGUUUCUGAGGAAGACGUUCAUACCAGGGCCGUUCAAGACUAACCUGCUGUUCCAGUACUACGCACAGCACUUCACCCACCAAUUCUUCCGCACCAACUACACCAAGGGACCUCAGUUCACUAAAGGCAAUGGUGGAGUGGAUGCGUCAAACAUUUACGGUCUCACGGAGUCCCACCGGAGGCACAUCAGACUUUUCAAGGACGGCAAGCUCAAGUAUCGGGAAGUGAAUGGGGAGCACUUUCCCCCUCUCCUGAAGGACGUCGAGGGCCUGGACAUGGAGUAUCCCCCAGGACUCCCCAUCCCUGAGGAGAGCAAGCACGCUCUGGGUCAUCCCUUCUACGCCCUACUCCCCGGGCUUUUCGCCUACUCGACGAUUUGGCUGCGAGAGCACAACCGUGUGUGCGACGUGCUGAAGGAGGAACAUCCGCACUGGGACGACGAGCGUCUCUACCACACCGCCAAGCUCAUCAUCACCGGUGAGAUCAUCAAGAUCACAGUUGAGAAUUACGUGCAGCACUUAAGUCAGUACAAAGUGAACGUGAAGUUCAGGCCGCAUGUGGUUCACAACACUCGCUUCCAGUUUCACAAUCGCAUCAACGUUGAGUUCGAUCACCUGUAUCACUGGCAUCAACUUGUUCCUGAUGGCAUCACGAUUAACGACACUUAUUAUGACUUGAUGGAUAUGGCAUUCUCAGUGAAGCCGAUCUUCACUCACGGUCUCGACACCUUCAUCCAAGCUCUCAACUCUAACCGCGCGGGCAAGAUGGGACCUCACAACCACGGCGUGGUGAACGUACCCGUGCUGAAGAGGAUGCUCCUGAACUCACGCGCGCUCCGCUUCCAAGGCAUCAACUCCUACAGGAAGCGCUUUAAGAUGAGUCCUUUCAAGUCCUUCGAAGAACUCACCGGAGAUCAGGAACUCGCUGAUGUGCUUCGUGGCCUGUACGGACACAUUGACGCCGUUGAGUUCUACGUCGGGCUGUUCACAGAGCACGACGGCCCGUCUGUGAUGAGCUUGACGGUGGUGAACAUGGGAGGGCCCUGGAGUGUGAAGGGACUUAUAGCGAACCCCAUCUGCAGUCCCCAGUACUGGAAGCCCUCAACCUUCGGGGGUGAAAAAGGCUUUGAAAUUGUCAACACAGCCUCCCUUGAGAAACUCUUCUGCAGGAACAUGAAGAGCAAGUGCCAAAAUAUCGAUUUUGUCGUCCCAGAUUCCAGCUUGUAGCUGGUAGAAAUAGUAGUUUUCGCUAGCUAUUCCACCCAAAAUAAAUAUUGUACAGUUAUUGCACCGGUUUUUAUUUAUUUAUUU